AUGUCCUCCUCUGCCGCUGAUGCGGCAUCUCCGAGUCCUUCUCCCUUCAAUUAUAUUCUCUCAUUUCUGCUUGUCGGCAUCUGCUGGGGCUUCACGACACCCUUCAUCCGCAAGGCCGCUGUCAACUACACAGCUCCAUCCCAUCCUUCCAGCACCGACCCGACCCGAUCCUGGAUCUCGCGACAGAUUGCGAAGGCGUUCUUCACUGUCGUGGGACUUUUGAAGACCCCGACUUAUGCUGUUCCAUUGCUUCUGAAUUUAACGGGGAGUAUCUGGUUCUUCUUGUUGGUUGGACAAGCUGAAUUGUCUCUCACUGUACCGAUCACCAACUCUUUGGCGUUUCUUUUCACUGUGUUGGGGGAAUGGUACGCUGAGGGCAAACUCAUUUCGAGAGACACCUGGCUGGGGAUGUUACUGGUAUGUGGUGGCAUCGGACUCUGCGUAUGGUCCAAGACUUGA